ACCGCUGCGGGCCGUCGCAACGCAGCAACCGCAAUCCUUGAGCCGAAUUCUCAUUCCAUGUUCUCCGAGCGUUUGGUCUUAAGAAAGAUGCAGCCCACCGUGGAUACGUCUUUCCUUUGCUCCGCCUCUAUUGUAGUCGCAACACCUCCUGGAGGGGUCGGGGUUCUACCAAUGGGUUGCUCAAGGGAGAGAGAGAGAGAGUCGCCAGGACAACGGGUCGAGACUAAAUUAGCAUCCAGGCUAUCUCCGCGUCGGAGGACUUUGAUGCCAGGUGUGACAUGCUAUCGGGGGCUCAAGACCGAACACGAGAGUCUGGCGAAGCCUGUCAAGCCUGUUAUCUGGACCACCGGAAACGGAAUCAAUACUCACAGAAGUCAAGCCGCGAUUCGGACUGGGGACGCACGUAUAAGAGCGUGUCCACAGCAAUUGAGAACAGCAUCAAUUUCAUUCCACACCAGUCCUUCCUUCCUCCCGAUUUCCGAAUCCAACAGCAUGUUUUCCACCGCCACUCUCGUUCAGUUCAUCGCGCUCGCAGCGUUUGCUGCAGCGGCUCCGACCAACGGUACGAUCGCCGAGCGCGGAGCUUGCAUCGUCAACAGCGUCGCCAGCUCGAAGAGCUUGUCGAGCUGCACCACGGUGACCAUCGAGCCGUUCACUGUUCCCGCCGGUCAGACGGUGACGAUCGCGGCAGCCAAGGGCGCAGUGGUCACCAUGACCGGUGAUGUCGUCUUCUCCAAGACCAGCACUGCCGGCCCGCUUUUCAUCAUCAACACUCCGAGUGUCACUUUCAACGGCGCCGGCCACAAAAUCAACGGAAACGGCGCCUCGUACUGGGACGGGAAGGGAACCAACGGCGGCUCCUUCAAGCCCCACCCCUUCGUGAAGCUCCAGGGCUCUGGAACGUUCGAGUCGUUCACCGUCCUCAACUCUCCGGCCCAAGCCAUCUCGGUUGGCACCAACGCGGCCAGCACCAUCAAAGGCGUCACCGUCGAUAACUCGGCCGGUGCGAGCCUCGGCCACAACACCGACGGGUUCGACAUCAGCGCGUCAGACGUGACUGUGAGCGGCUGCACGGUCCACAACCAGGACGACUGUGUCGCUGUCAACUCUGGAAACAACAUUGCGUUCUCGAACAACGUCUGCACAGGCGGACACGGAAUUUCGAUCGGGUCGAUUGCCACGGGCAAGUCGGUCACUAACUUCCGCGCGACCGGCAACCACGUGUCAAACUCGAAAUACGGGAUCCGCAUCAAGGUGCAGGAAGCCGCCACCAACGCCAAGGUGUCUGGUGUGACUUACCAGGGCAACGUCCUGACCGGCAUCUCUGACUUCGGUGUGCUCAUCUCUCAGAGCUACCCCGUCGAGGACGGUCCCAAGGUCGGAACCGGCGGCCCCAUCUCCAACGUCAACUUCGACGGCGCUGCGACCACGGUGGCUGUUGGCUCCAGCGGACUCGGACUCGUCGUGAACUGUGGCGCCUGCACUGGCGCAUGGGACUUCUCCGGCCUCUCUAUCUCCGGCGGCAAGGGACACAAGGUCGCCGCGAACAACGCCAAGAUUUCUGGCGGAAAAUUCUAGAUCUCGCGACCUGACCUCGCUUGUCACUCCUUAUCAACCCCACACUCUUUUUCACUACUUAAUUCACCCCCUCCCAGCUGCCGAGCGCGGCCGCCCCUAGAGAACCACUUCUACUCUCCUAGUCAA